GCAGUUAAUGUGAACGUCGUUUCUGAAAAAGCUCGAUAUGCAAGAAUGGAACAUGACAUCAAGUCUUUUGGUAACAACGCGAGAGAGAAGAUAACUCUCAUGGAAAAUAAACUUCUAGAUGAACUGAAAGAAGUUUCUGAAAAGCAAAUUGAACAACUGACAGUCGACCUAAAGUCGGGUGAAAUAUCAGUACACAUGUACCGACAACAGACUGAGCUGAUAGACCAGAUUCUACAAUCCGAGUGUGACAUGGACGUGUAUGAGAUGUAUCAGGGAUGUGAGGCCGGUGAUGUGGAUGCUGUCGGAGACGUAGACGUGAAGAAGAGGGGUAGAAUAGCCAGGAUUAUGUUGAGACAGAACGAAGACAUGCUGAGUAGAGCUCUGGACGAUCUACAGCUGGGUGAGAUAGAUGUCCAGUAUGACGGUAUGCUGGAGUUUGAGGCAACACCUGUAACUCAAGACAAUAGUAACGUGCUGGACCUGAAGGGUGCUCCUGUGUCUGGGGAUAUGUGGUCGGUGUGUGACUUUGGCGAUGUCGUUGCUGCAGAUUUCACCGGUGGUGGCUUGAUCGGUGUUCUCAUAGUUGGUGGUUUCACUGGCGAUGGUUUGGAAGGUGUUUGCUCCUCCAGCUGA